AAUGAUUACAUUUAUAUUGUUAAUUAUAAUGAUUAACAUAUUAUAAGUAAUUUAACAUCAUUAUAAUCAUGAUACAGAUGAUAGGUAAUCAAUGAUAGAAUACAAAUAGCCUCCCUCCUGUGAGUGUGUCCCUCAGUGGGGUCGGGCUGCUUCAUAUCUGGCAGCCAGUGGGGCUGUGUGGCAGAACGCUGGGAGGGAUGGAGCCAUUUUCUUAUAGAAUGAAGAUCUGAUGCUGCUGCUGAUAAUCUUCUAUGGUAAUGAAGCCACGCCCACAGCACAAGUGACUCCUGAAUAUUAUUGCAGAGCCCAGUGCACACUGGCGGAUCCAGAGAAGGUCUCAGGAGCGCUGAUUGAUGUGACCAAGCACCUGGGCAAUCUGAAGGACAGAGUGUGCGAGAAGAUGCUGGGGACUGUUCAAUACAGGUUAGCUGAUCUGAGGAUUGUCCUGUUGGGAAAGACAGGAGUGGGGAAGAGCAGCACAGGCAACACCAUUCUGGGAGAGAACAAGUUCAAGACUUCGUGUCGUACAGAAUCUGUUACAUCUACAUGUGAGGCUAAAACAGCGACUGUUUAUGGGAGGAAAAUCACUGUGGUUGACACACCAGGGUAUCUUUCUACUGAGUUCUCUGAUGAAGAACUAAAACCUAAAAUAGCCAGGUGCAUCAUAGAGUGCUCCCCUGGACCUCACGCCUUUGUUAUAGUGCUGUCUGUGAGGAGACCGACAUGGGAGGAGAUGAAAGCGGUGGAGGACAUUCUGAAAACGUUUGGGAAGGGGGCUCUGAAGUACGCUGUUGUCCUGUUUACCAACGGAUACCAGCUUGACGACGACAUGACCAUCCAGCAGUUUGUGGAUGAAAAUGAGCGUCUGAAAACACUUGUCCAAAAGUGUGGAAACCGGUUUCAUGUCAUCGAUAACAAAUACUGGAAGAGUCCCACUGAAGGCCAUGAUGAUGAGAGAAGCAACGCCGCUCAAAUCAAAAAGCUGCUGAACACGAUUGAUCAGAUGGUGGAACAGAGUGGAGGGAAGUGCUUCACCUACGAGAUGCUCCAAGCUGCGGAACAAGCUAGAAGGGAAGAACAAAGGAAAAAGGAAGAACAAAGGAAAAAGGAAGAACAAAGCACAACCUGUACCUGUAGCUGAGGUAGCAAAGAUGGGGAUGGGACUGGGGGCCUGCGUGCGUAUGAUACCGGGGGGGUAAUUGGAGCAGAAGCAGGGGCAAAUGUGGCAAAUGUAGCACAGAGUAAGAGAGAAGCCUCAGAGACCCUCUGGUGGAUCUCAGAUUGCUGAGGAAUCCACCUCCCGGGGGAACUGUGAAGGGGGGGUCAUAGCCUUGGGAACAACCGAGAUGCUGUCGAAACUUUGGUCGACAGCUCGCCCCCCUUUCCGCGAUCUCCCCCGAAGUUAAGAUCCCCUCCUGCGGUCGAAUGACCCCUCGCCUCAGCUCGCCGUUUCGCCUGCGCGUGUGUGUCACACUCACAGUCCUCCAGGAACUCAUUAGGAUCGACGAAGAUGAAGGUCGCACACUGGAGCCGCAUGCCGUAGCUUUCCUGUCCUCUCGGCCGGCAGGAGCAGGCCCAGCCACGACAGGCCCAGUCCCUGAUAAUGCUGCAAAUCUGAGUCUGUCCGCAGCAAAGUAAGAUUCACUGGUGAAUACAAUGCCAGAAUAAAAAUUUAAAAUAAAAAUAACACUGUCUAAACAAAUACAUAUAAAAACCCCACAAUCUGAGAAAUUUACAAAAGUUAAAAUAAAAAAAUGUACCUCAUUGUGUUACAGACCAAAGGCACAAAUGAGGCUAACUACUGCAAAAAUAGAUUAAUGAAUAAAUGUAUUAAUUAGAAUUAUUAAUUGUAUUACAAAGAAAAUUCUAAAUUAAAAAAACCUGUAAAAUAAAAACAUUAUUCAGGAUGUGGAGGAAAAAAUGAUUAAUUUUGAAACAGUGCCUGUAAGAUAAUUCUGGUAAUUAUUUGUGUCAAUGACCUCUUGCAUUUUUAUUUGUUUGUUAAUAAUCACACUUGUAUACAAGAAAAAAUCUUGUAUAUCUUUUAACCUUCCAAAUUCCCAAUGACUUUCUACUCACUCAAAUAAAUAUUUAGGCCUAAUAUUCACGAUUUAUGCAUUUUAAAGUAAUUUUAAUGUAAGCCAAAACAAUAAACUUAUAAAUGUGAUGCAUAUAUAUCAAUCAAACACAAAUGAAACAAAUAAAUAGAUUUCCGCAAUUAUAAUAAAUAAAUCCAAUGUGUUUUAAAUACAUCAAUAAUAGUAGAAUACAUAAUAAUCACAUAAUUGUUUCAUAAUCUAGAAUUAGCCAUAUAUAAACCAUCCUCAUAUUUUUAAACUGAUUGAAUCUAGUUUGAGAAUUAGCAGAUCUAUAUUCAUUGUAAUUACUCAGAAUAAAUAAAAUAAAACCUCUUCAAUAUCUGCUAUUUAAAUAUAACCAAGUUGAUGUGCUUUCUUAAUUCCAUUGAAUGCCUGGAAUCGUUUUUCUGAGUGCAUAUUGUACAUGAUCUUUUUAUUCAUCUGUCAUGGAGGAAACUCCUAUUUUUGUGCAUCGUAGUGAAUGUACUUAUGCUUAUUAUUCACAAAGAUCCUGUUAUAUUUAAUCCUACAUACUGCAUAAUACAUUUUUAAACACAAGAGUUCAGUCAUCCUCUCACAACCACUGAAUGGGAGUGUAGCACAGUGGGUAAGGAACUGGGCUUGUAACCGAAAGGUUGCAGGUUCAAUUCCCGCAUAGGACACUGCCGUUGUACCCUUGAGCAAGGUACUUAACCGAAAUUGCUUUAGUAUAAAUGGAUACAGUGUAAAAUGCUAUGUAAAAGUUGUGUAAGUCGCUCUGGAUAAGAGCGUCUGCUAAAUGCCUGUAAAGUUAUGUAAUGAAUAACUCAUAAUGCAGCAAGUGAGCAUAAGCUGCAAUAGAAGCAAACGUAAUCAUUUCUGCAAACUCCUUUAAAUAAUGUAAAUACUUGUAAAUACAAAUGACAAAUUCAUGUUCGGGGAAGAAAUUGCUUUACUGAAUUUCUGUGUCCGGGCUGCGGUCUUUCAGUGAGUGAGAUGCACGAAGUCCUGUCUAAUUCUGAAGACUGCAUAGACAGCACCUUUCCUGUCUUCUGCAGCAAACUGCUAGCAUAACUUUUUUUAAAACUGAUUUGUCUUUUUUCUUAUAGCUGAACAAUGAAACGGAUGAACAUAAAAAUAUCGUUUUCAAAUUGAGCUGUAUGUUCUGUAAAUAUAUGCAAAUACAUGUUUUAUAACUGCCGAGAUUUGUGUUAAAUAGAACUUAUUGAAGUACAAUAAAAGCAAUUUGACUGUUCUCCAGUGGUUUCCAAAAUAUGCACAAUACCUCAAACACUGCAAGAAGGUUAUGGUGCAUUAAUUUAUAUUUGAACAUUACAGAUUGUUAAAGGUAAGAAUCAUAUGCAUAUUGGCAGUCAUCACUGUUUAAAAGAAUGAAGUGUUCUCACAUGUUAUUGUCAUAACUUGCUGAAAUAGGU